UGGCAUCAUGCUACCCAAAAGAUCAGCCUCCGGUCUUUUCUUCUUAUUCCUCUGUCAGCUCGUGAUCAAGACGUUGGCGUUCACAAGCUUACAGCUCUUGCCUCUCCCGAACGACGAUACGACUUGUUCUAAGUCAAAGCCUUGCCGGCUGGGUUGCUGUGGACCAAUGUGAGAGCUAUAAUACUGCUACGAUUAGGAAUCUCAGCAGGUACUGAUCAAUACUCCCAGAGACUCG